GCGUCCUCGGUGACAGCUGUGGCCCACGAGCAACAUGCCUGAACAGAGCAACGAUUACCGGGUGGCCGUGUUUGGGGCAGGUGGUGUUGGCAAGAGCUCCCUGGUCCUGAGGUUUGUGAAAGGCACGUUCCGGGAAAGCUACAUCCCGACGGUGGAAGACACCUACCGGCAGGUGAUCAGCUGCGACAAGAGCAUAUGCACGCUGCAGAUCACCGACACGACGGGCAGCCACCAGUUCCCGGCCAUGCAGCGGCUGAGCAUCUCCAAGGGGCACGCCUUCAUCCUGGUGUACUCCAUCACCAGCCGCCAGUCCCUGGAGGAGCUCAAGCCCAUCUACGAGCAGAUCUGCGAGAUCAAAGGGGACGUGGAGAGCAUCCCCAUCAUGCUGGUGGGGAACAAGUGUGACGAGAGCCCCAGCCGCGAGGUGCAGAGCGGCGAGGCGGAGGCCUUGGCCCGCGCGUGGAAGUGCGCCUUCAUGGAGACCUCGGCCAAGCUCAACCACAACGUCAAGGAGCUUUUCCAGGAGCUGCUCACCCUGGAGAAGCGCAGGACCGUGAGCCUGCAGGUCGACGGGAAGAAGAGCAAGCAGCAGAAGAGGAAAGAGAAGCUCAAGGGCAAGUGCGUGGUCAUGUGAGCGCCCUUCCCUGGGGAGGGGCGGCUGCGGGUCCAGGCCCCCCAACCCCCGCCGUCAGGGCAGCAUGUUCGGUGCCCGCGUGUGAAACGUCGCGUCUGGCAGAGACGCCCUAUCGUCCUUCGCAGGGCGCUCCCCAUUCCCAGCAGUCAGCCCCUCCCCGGAGUCCCGGAAUCCGCCCGGCGGUUAAAAAGAG